GGCCUGGGCCCGGCGGAACCCAAGGGGUUAACCGGCGCCCGGGCCGCGGCACGUGGCCGAGGGGGAAGCCCCGGAGGCCGGGCCGGAGCCUGUGAAGUCCCGCUGUCCGGAACCGAGAUGAGCGAGCGGCCGUCGCUGGUGGUCUUCGAUCUGGAUUAUACCCUCUGGCCUUUCUGGGUGGACACCCACGUGGACCCCCCUUUCCGGAAAAACAGGGACGGCUCCAUACAAGACCGGAAUGGGCAGCCGGUGAGGCUGUACCCCGAAGUCCAGGCUGUGCUGGAGCAGCUGCAUCAAGAGGGGAUCCCCAUGGCCGCCGCCUCCCGGACAGGUGAAAUCCGGGGGGCCACGCAACUCCUGGAUCUCUUUGGCCUGAAUCGCUUUCUCCGCUACACAGAGAUCUAUCCGGGCAGCAAAGUCACCCAUUUCCAGAGGCUAUGCCAGCAGACCCAGAUCCCUCUUUCCCAGAUGCUCUUCUUCGACGAUGAAGCCCGGAACAUCCACGACGUUAGCAACUUAGGAGUCACGUGUAUCCGUGUCCCCAAUGGGAUGAACCUCUCCCUCCUUAAGAGUGGCCUGGAAGCCUUCGCUCGCUCCUGAGUCGUCACCAGAGUUCCCUGCCUCAAAGCCUGCCAUCCUCCCUUCUCUCUUUUCACACUUGGGGGUGUGAGGACUGAGUUGAGGACUCUGGUGCUGUCCAAUAAACCUUUACUGGUACCCUGCAGUGUGCUUCUGUGUGUAUGGAGGCACCCCUCUCCUUUAGCUCUCUUGGUGAAAGGCAAGCUAUGAAUAAAAAUUGUAAAGGUUUUAAAAACAAUGCAGGUGUUCAGUCGAGAGUACACAUCUCAUUCAACAAUACUGGACAUAUUAAUGGAGUGAGCAGGAUUUGUAUUUAGUUUGUCAGAUUGUGGAGUAAAAAAUGUUGUGUUCCUUC